AUGCUGGUGAACCAUAGCAGUCUGCCACUCUGCAUUUGCAACGAAGCCAAACGUGCCAAACUCACACGCCCUAAACAAGACUGGGGCCACAUCUCCGGCACUGCCGCCAGCCUCUUGCGCCUCAACGCACCUGCCCUGGACAACCCCGCCCGCAGCGGUAGCGCAGCCGGCGACGCGGCCGCCCCCUCGCCCUCGUUCGUCUCCCGACUCUUCCGCUCGCGAUCUCUCGCUUCCGUCGAUUCCGAGGGCACCAACAACUCCGAGGCCUCGGGCGUGUGGCGGAGCCUCACCGCCGGGCUCAGUUCCGGUCUACAGGGUCUUGGUUCUAAUCCGACCGGUGCCCAGCCGUUGACCGUUCAGCGGUCGGGCGGGAUAGCGAGCUGCACCGAAAUCUACGCAGUACCUCCGCCGGACGUCGAGCUCGGGAUCCGCUACGAUACAGGCGAGGUGCUGUGCGAAACUGUCCAUGUGGAACCGUUCAAUCAAAUCCGAGAGGUGCUGACGCUUCGUACGGUGACCGCGCCGACGAAGUUGUUCGGUCGCCGCUGGCUGAACCGCAGUAUGCAGCUCCUAGUCACCGUCACCUUCCUCGGCAGUUACACCCACGUGGUCGUCGACGACUUCACCGCUGUGCAGCCGUCGGAAUCGAAUCUCGGCCCUGCGGCUACUGGGACCGCAGGUCCCCAGCCGUGGCUGGGGGCCGACAAAGCCUGUGGACCGAUACCUUAG